AAAAAUCAAGUUAUAUUCUAAAGGAGAGAGGUCGAAGGUGCCCUGAGAACAGCUAGCUCUCCAUUUGUUCAAUUCUGGGGGCCCCGCUGGGGGUGGCUUCCAGAGGGACCAGCUGUGGGGUCUCCCCUGUAGGAGUUGCCGGGUACCGAGCACAUCCCCCAGAGCAGGGGCACCUGCGGCAGACAGCUUGUUUCUCUCAUUCUCGGAAACUGGGUCAGUGAGCGUCCAGGCCUUGAGAAUUCCAUGCAAACCUCUGACCGCUUUCCUCUGGCACCUGCCCGGCCUUCGCUCCUCUUCCCCCACGCACCGCAUGUUCCAGCCUCAGGGCCGUUGCUGUUCUCUGUACACGGCCCUUGCCUUCCCACCUCCGGCCUUUGCUGAGCCGAGCUCUCCACCUGGAAAGCUAACCCGGUCCACCCUGGGUGCUGCCAUGUGCCUGGGAAGCCAUUUCCGCCCCUCCUAACGAGAGGUGGCCCCACGGCUGUUGGCUUCGCCUCCAUCCCCGGUGCCCAGUGGAUGGGCAUCACUGUCCACUGCCUUCCUCAUUGGUUCCCACCCCGAAGCCCUUUCUGGCAGUCUCCCGACAACGCGGGUCAAGUUCUGCCUUGUGGCCAUGGUAUUUGUAAGCACAGCUCAGCCCUGAUCUUGGGUGGGGCCCAUUCUGUGUCUCUCCACAGCCCGUGACUCUGUACCUGGUACAGAGCACUCAUUCAUUCAUUCAUUUGUUCAGCAGUUAUUCACCAAGAGCCUACUGUGUGCCAGGGGCCGUGCUAGAUGCCAGGGGCACAGAGCUGCUGACGUCAGGGUGUGACCGUUUCUGUGUUUUCCUGUGUACAUGUUGUGCACACCACUUGCGUGUGCACACAGCAUGAACUUCUCCGUCAUAUAUGAAUGUGUGUCCCUCAGUCUGUGCCCGAGUGUAGUCUGGCCGAUACCUCAGGUAUGCCUGGGUAAUUCAUUCAGCAAGCAUGUACAGAGCGCCCACCAACGUGCCAGGCCUUGACCCUGGAGAUAAGUGACCCAAGGUUUCUGACCCGGGGAAGUGCCGGUCUCGUGGAGCCAUUGCAGUGCAGACUGGUGAGGGCAGGGCCAGCAGGGGUGCGGUGGUCAGAGCAGCAUCCAGGAGAGACGCAGGGACGGGGUGCCCUGCGGCCCUGGAGCCCAGCCUGGGAACGCCGGCCAGCCCUCCCUGCUGGCUUCGCUGCUCUGAAGCACCCGAAGGCCGAUGCAGCUGGAGCUGGAGUGGCGGCUGCGAGCCCCGCGCUGGGGGCCGGGAGGAGUCCAGUGCCUGAGGGGAGGCGCGGUGGCCGGAGAACACAGCACUUGGAGCCCGUGGGCAGGCGGGAGAACCGGGGCUGCAGACCCUCUGUGAGAGGAGAACUUGGGACCACACGCCAGAACCCCGCACCUCGAAAGUAGAACCCCUCCUUUAGAUCAGAGAAGCUGGAAUGUGAGACUCAGAGGAAGGGCACAGAGCAGCAGACCUAGAAGUUGGGCCUUCUGGAAUGUGCGACAUUGAUGUCCGCCAAGCUGGAAGAUCAAGUCUGUGCCCCCAUGGUCAGGGGGGAAACUGAGGCCCAGGGGUGGGGAGGUCUUGAGGCUUGGUGAGCAGCAGUGGGUGUGCACGCGGUCCCUGCUGAGCCAGGCCCUCCACACAGCCUGCUGGGGCCGGUCGUGUCCCCUCUCCGAGCCUGGGUUUCCUCAUCUGAAGUGGGUUGUGAGCGUGGGGUGAGAUGGAGCACCUCACUUGGGAAGGGGGCGCUGAUCUUGGUGCAGCCUCCGCGCCUCCCCAGGUCCCUCCGAGGACCCUGUGGGUGGGUGUUAGCAGCCUGCCCUUUUGUGCCUCUGCACACAGGCCUGCAGAGGGUAGGGCUCUGGCCUGGGGUCCCAGGGCUGUGGGUGGCCAGAGUUCAAGCCCAGUCCUUUACUCAGCAGCGGCUUGUGGAGCACCUGCUGCAUGCCAGGCGUGGUGCUGGGCACUGAGCACACAGCGACGAGCUGCGGGGGAGGACCCUGGUCCUUUUCUCCUGCCCGUAUCUCCUCCCAGCCAGCGGCCCCAUGUUGCUCAGAGUCCUCACUUCCUGUGUCUCUGUCCCCACCACUGCCAUCCCAGUGGAAAGGAGCUUUAGAGUUCCUGUAGACAGGCACCUCGCUGGGGUAUGCGGAGCCUGCGUGGUACAGCAGGCAGGACUAGGCAAGCCCAGGCAAGCCUGAGAGCCUGGUAGCCUUGCCUGAAGGGUGCAGGUGUGUGCAUUUGGGGGAAGGCCCUUUAUUCAUUCAACAAACAGUUAACACCUCCUUUGUGUCAGCCUCUGUGCUGGGGCCGGGGACCCAGAGGAGUAGGGCAGCAGAGCGCUGUGCAGAUGAGGGCACUGGGAGCAGGCCAGGGUGGAGGCAGCUGGGUCUUUCCACAGCUUGGGGUCAGGGAAGCUCGAGGAAGAAGUGCCUUUCAGCUGAGGCCUCUGGGGACGGGCCUGGGCCUGGCGAGUAAGAUGACACGGAAAAUUCCAGGCUCCUGGAGGAUUUGGACUUUAUCCUGAGGGCAGUGGUUCCAUGCUGGGAGGGGCAGCGUCAGAUGUGGCUUUUGCUUGGCUCCUUGGGACCAGGCUGGGAGCCCCUCGGGGAGGCCUCUGCUGGUGUCCAGGAUGAAGAUGAGACGCUAUAAGCUGUUCCUCAUGUUCUGUAUGGCCGGCCUGUGCCUCAUCUCCUUCCUGCACUUCUUUAAGACCCUGUCCUAUGUCACCUUCCCCCGAGAACUGGCCUCCCUCAGCCCGAACCUCGUGUCCAGCUUCUUCUGGAACAAUGCCCCCGUCACGCCCCAGGCCAGCCCGGAGCCGGGUAGCCCGGACCUGCUGCGGACCCCACUCUAUUCCCACUCGCCCCUGCUCCAGCCGCUGCCGCCAAGCAAGGCCACGGAGGAGCUCCACCGCAUGUACUUCGUGCUGCCCGAGGACACCACCGAGUAUUUCGUCCGCACCAAAGCCGGGGGCGUCUGCUUCAAACCAGGUACCAAGAUGCUAGAGAAGCCCCCCCUGGGGCGGCCAGAGGAGAAGGCGGAGGGGGGCGACGGGGGCUCCUCGGCCCGGGGCCCGGCCCGGCACCUGCUGAGCGCCCGGGAGCGCGCGGGCGGCCGCGGGGGCGCGCGGCGCAAGUGGGUGGAGUGCGUGUGCCUGCCGGGCUGGCACGGGCCGAGCUGCGGCGUGCCCACCGUGGUGCAGCACUCCAACCUGCCCACCAAGGAGCGCCUGGUGCCCCGGGAGGUGCCGCGGCGCGUCAUCAACGCCAUCAACAUCAACCACGAGUUCGACCUGCUGGACGUGCGCUUCCACGAGCUGGGCGACGUGGUGGACGCCUUCGUGGUGUGCGAGUCCAACUUCACGGCCUACGGGGAGCCGCGGCCGCUCAAGUUCCGGGAGAUGCUGACCAACGGCACGUUCGAGUACAUCCGGCACAAGGUGCUGUACGUCUUCCUGGACCACUUCCCGCUGGGCGGGCGGCAGGACGGCUGGAUCGCCGACGACUACCUGCGCACCUUCCUGACGCAGGACGGCGUGUCCCGGCUGCGCAACCUGCGGCCCGACGACGUCUUCAUCAUCGACGACGCCGACGAGAUCCCCGCGCGCGACGGCGUGCUCUUCCUCAAGCUCUACGACGGCUGGACCGAGCCCUUCGCCUUCCACAUGCGCAAGUCGCUGUACGGCUUCUUCUGGAAGCAGCCGGGCACCCUGGAGGUGGUGUCGGGCUGCACGGUGGACAUGCUGCAGACGGUGUACGGGCUGGACGGCAUCCGCCUGCGCCGCCGCCAGUACUACACCAUGCCCAACUUCCGGCAGUACGAGAACCGCACCGGCCACAUCCUGGUGCAGUGGUCGCUCGGCAGCCCCCUGCACUUCGCCGGCUGGCACUGCUCCUGGUGCUUCACGCCCGAGGGCAUCUACUUCAAGCUCGUGUCCGCCCAGAACGGCGACUUCCCCCGCUGGGGAGACUAUGAGGACAAGCGGGACCUCAACUACAUCCGGGGUCUGAUCCGCACCGGGGGCUGGUUUGACGGCACGCAGCAGGAGUACCCCCCCGCCGACCCCAGCGAGCACAUGUACGCCCCUAAGUACCUGCUCAAGAACUACGACCAGUUCCGCUACCUGCUGGACAACCCCUACCAGAAGCCCAAGAGCGCGGAGGAGGCUGGGCAGCGCAACAAGGGUCCCGAGGGAAGGCCAUCUGCUAGGGGCAAAUUGGACACGGUCGAAGGCUAAGGCUGCAUGAUCUUACACGGCCAGCGGCACGGCGAGGGUGGCGGUGGGCGGCGCCCUCUCCUGUCGUCUUCCUGCCUCCCUCUGUCAUCUGGCUGGUUCUUGGGAGGACCAGGAGUGGAUGGGUGGGGGCGUCCUCCCUGGUAAGGCCUUGUGAUUCAGGAUCAGGCCUGUGAGCUCACAAAACAUCCUUCCUGUCAGGAGAGGGGAGUGUGGUCCUUCGGCCAGCGAGAGCGCUGUGGCUGGAGGUGCCAGCGAGAGUGCAUGAUGGUUACAGGGUAGCAGGGGAGGGCGGGCUGGGGGAGGGAGCCUGCAGGAGCUCCCCAGGGCAGCCGGGUCAGAGCUGCCGCCCCCACCCGGGAGAAGCCCACCUGUUUGACCUCCUGGGGCUUCAGAACUGCACUGGGCAAGGGGGACUCCAGGAAGUCCUGGGCCUCUGUAGAUAGAGGCGUUUGGGUCCAGGAGGAAGAGGGGACCUCAAGGUGGUGGUGGGGGUGUGUGUGGAGAACGGCACUGAGCUGGGAGGAAGCGCUGAUGGAGGCUCUGCGGGGUCCUCAGGAGUGUUGGGCCGGAGGGAGCUGAGACCCCCCGCCCCAUUGCCCCACAGGACACCACUGCCCCCAUGGCACCUCCCCGGCCCCUCCUGAGCUGACGGGUGUGGGGCUUGGGGAAGCCCAGGAGUCUUCCUUUGGGUUCCAAACCUGGCCUUGACGUUCCUUCUCCCUUUCUCUGUUGCUGUCUUGUGGGCUGCCCACUCAGUCCUUGCCAGGCCUGGAGUCCAGGUCUCGGGGUGGGCUGGGAGCCAGCAGGUCGGACCUAAGGUCAGGGGUGAGGAGUCGGGGGAGACUCUCCACCAUCUCAGGGGGAGUCACCCUCGUGCCCUUCCUUGGGGCUGGUGGGGAACCAGAAAGGGGUCACGAGGCUGGCCUAAGAGGGAUGUUAAAGCCAGUUAUAUGUCAUCUCAUUGCCCUUAGUGUGCCUCCUGGAGGCGGGGGGUGUAUUCGUUGAGUAGAUUCUAAGCUGCUGUAAUUAAGAGACCCCAGAACACAGUGGUUUAAGCAAGGUGAGCUUGUUUCCAAGAACAGUCCAGAGGGAGAGGUCCAGGGCUGGUGGGACACACUGCUUCCCUUCAUACACACCAUCCAAUUUGGGAUGGAGGGGUUGCUCCAGCUCCCACCAUCACAUGUGCAUCCAAGCCCGGGGAGGCAGAGAAAGGCAAGGGAAGUGCACACCGUUUCCUGUUAAGAGAUGGCACAGUCACUUCUGAUCGCAUCUCACUGGCCAGGACUUAGUCACGUGGCCACAGUAGCUGCAAGGGAAGCUGGGAAAGGUAGUCUUCAGCUGGGCGGCCGUGUACCCAGCCUCAGCCUGGGAGUUCUCUUGUUAAAGGAGGAGGAGAGGAGGGGUGGGGGGUGAGGAGCGUCCCUGGCACAGGGGGAGGGGCGAGAGGGUCGGAAUGACUGUUGAAGUCAAAGGAUCCUGCUCUUGUGUUCAGAGCUCUCAGAACAACCUGCGCCUGACCCUGCUGCCAGCCCAGGGCUGGGUGCAGGGAGAGCCUGCAGCUGUGGGAAGAGGAGGUGCCCCCCUCCUUGAGGCUCCCUCGGAUGUCUGCCCAGAGGUGCCCAGAUACAGAGCCUGCCUGUGGAACCGUAUGUGUCUGUGCGCGUGUGUGUGUAUUUAUGGGCAUGGGUGCAUGCUUGGUGUGUCCUUGUGAUGUGUCUGUGUUGGGGUGUCCCUGUACAUAUAGGCUUGUGUGUGGAUUUGGGAGCAGGGCCCAGGCUACCCUUCCUCAGGACCUGGAGCCUGUGGCCACACCUCCUGCAGCUCCCCAAAAUGACUGAGGCAGAAAGCCCUUAGGGAGCCGGGAAAGCAAGGCUGAUGGGGGGGUCUGUCUGUCUGUCUGUCUGUCUUUCAGUCCAAGGAAUGCUGAGAGCUCACUACCUCCCCAGCCCCUCCUGGCCCCAACCACAUUCUUUCCACCUUGUCCCCCCAGCUUCCAGCUGGGACUUUCCCUGAGUGUCUUAUUGGGGGUUUCCUGAGGAGAGGAGCGUGUCUUCUGUGCCACGGCUCUGUCUGGGGAAGUGCCAGGGGCUGGCAUGGUCUGGGGAGCUGGCAACGGAGCAGCCUCUGGUGGGUAGGCAUGAAGCAGACUGAGGGGGCUCUGCUGCCCCCCCCUCCUGGGAACCCCUCCCUUGGAGUUACAGCAGCCUCCCUCUCUGGUCCCUCUUGGGGCUGAGAAGUGGCUCAAGAGGUCAGGGUGUCCCUGUGGCUGUGGGUAAGCCCAGGCCAAGGCCUGCUCUUCCCAGCCACGGCUGCUGGCCCUCUGGAUGGGCAGUCUUUGGGGACUGAAUCGUGCCUGAGCCCCAGCUGGGGCCUCCCUCCUUGACGGCUUCCUCGCCCCCUGCCCCUGGCACCCCCAGCUGUGGUGGAAAUGCCCCCUCCCACCUCGGCCUCCCGUUUCACCAGCUUAGGGGCCGGGGAAGGAGAGGGGAGGAGCCCAGACCUGCCAGGCCCCGCCUACCCUCCAACCCAGGGCCAUGGUGUGGAGAAGACAGCUGUCAGAGGGUGGGGGGCCAGGCAUGGGGUUGGGGAGUUUCAAAAUGAUCACAUCAUACACUGGGAAUUUUGGGGGGUGGGGGAGCCAUGGGCCACUCCCCCAGUAUGGAGGGGAGCCAAACAAUGUGAACGUCAGCAUACCGCUGGCCCUAUCGCCAUAUCCAGAUUUCUUUCCUGGGAACCACUGGCCCUGUGACCUCUAGACUCAAGGACCCCCCCCACAGGUCACAUUGGUUCCUGGGGCAGGCGUUGGGAGAGCUUUAGGGGCAAAGGUGACAGUUGGGGUGGGGAGAUAGGACUCGCCCAAGCAGAAUGCAGGGCCCUGGGAAAUGUAUAAUUUAAAGACACGAAUAAUAAUAAUAGUAUUAUUUUUUUUGUAAGGGAAAAUCAAUAUGUACAUUCUGAAAUCAUUUUCUCUGUAAAUGGUUGGAUUUCAUUUCACCCUUAAAGGGAUGCCUAAAGGAGAAGAUAAUAUUAAUAAUAAAAACAGCUACAAAGUCUG